AUGCGUGACGCUGAACAAAUGAAACAGUUUGCAUUAAAUACGGCCAUGAUUGGUAUUGAUCCAUUAAAAUUAAGAGAUGUUAACAAUACAUUAUCUCCAGCAAUUUGUAUUCCAAUGUAUAAUUGUGAAAGUAUCCCUGAUCAACGAUUUCCUAUGGGACCUACUUUUACAACUAUCUCGAAAAAUGAAAUAGAUAAUGAUGAAGAAAAUAAUAGAAAAAAUUCAAUGAUUAUACAAAGUAUAAAUACUCAACGUGGUAAAAUUCGAAUAAAACUUGAUCCUCAAUCAUUUGGAUUAGCUCCAUUCUUUUCGGAUCAGUAUGAAACAUUUAUUAAAGGUCCACCAAAUUCAAUAUUUUUUACUAAUUAUAUUAACACAUUUAAUAGAUAA